AUGUGCCCUCAGCACCCAAGCGGCACUCUAGGGAGCGUCUCGCACGUGCGAUAUCACGUGGCUUUACACAGGAUUUCCCGCAACGAGUCUAUAGACCCAAAUUUUCCUAACCUACCUAUUCCGACUCCUGAACUUUUAAAACUUUUCGUAGAGUUUUAUAUCAAAUUGACCGAACUCAUAGUAGACUAUAAGCUCUGUAUAAAGCCUAGAGAGUGGUUCCUGGUUAAUAGAAAGGAUAUAGCUUACCUACUUCGACACCUAUUCGUGGAUAACUAUUACGAUUAUAUAUAUAAGAGAGUAAUUGUCUAUAGGGUAGCGGAUAGUGCCUUUAAAGGGCUUACCACCGUGACCGAGGUUCUUACUGAGAUUGCUAGAAGACUAGAAGAGAAUAGGGAUCUCGACACUUUGUACACUAAGUAUAUCUCUAGGAAUAACUUCUCUAAACGCGACCUAACGCCUCUUUUCGAUAUCUACAAGAAAUAUCUACUAGAGCGCUCCUAUCUUAGCGAGAAUUUAUUGAAUAAGGCUACUCUAGAUAGUGAACUUAGUCGAUAG